AUGGAAAACUUGAGCAACAUGUUCCAUAGCAGAAUGAGUAAGUUUGAAGCUGAUCUCCUUAAUAACACAAGCCCCAUGACAAGCAUUGCUGGAUUAGCUGGUGACUUCUCUACGUUCCGGAGCUUUGUUCUUGAUGUCCUUAAGAGUCUGCAGCAACAAGUAGAGUCAUUGGUAGCCAGCAUGGACCAAUUAGAGAUGCAAGGGCGAAGAAAGAUUCUUCUAAUUCAUGGAGUUGAGGAAGAAAAGAAAGAAGAUUUCACUAAAAGUUCAAAAAAUCAUCUAAACUCAGCUUAA